CAGCCAAGUUUGUAGAAUGAAAGGGUCACAGGGAGAAGGAAGUAGGGUCAGAUAGCCUAGCCUGGUCACAAGGUUUGAACAUAGCUGGGACCUAGAUGUAGAGGAAGCAAACUGGUUUCAGGAAGCAAACUGGUUUGGGGAAGCAAAAAAUCAAAAGGCAGUCCUCUUUCUACCCCUCCAUAUGUGCAAUUCUAGACACACUGGGUGGAACUGUUCCCAACACAGCUUGAACCAGUUCACCAAACCUAAGAGCUCUCAGGGAACAAGAAAUCCGAAGGCAUUUGUGAUGGGCAGAAGGUGAAAUCUCAUUAGAAACGUGUUUGCUUCUACAACCCACACCAAGCAGGAUUUUGGCACUUCUGAAGAAUCUCCUCCAGUACCUACAAAAAAAAAAAAAAAAGAUAAAAGUCUGAAGAGGAAGAAAAUGCUUUUUGCUUUUGGUCACAUGUCCUAAGAGCUAAGAGCAAUCGUCUUGAGGUUUUGAAGGUUCUCAAGAGAGAAGGUCUUUAUUUUACAGAAAAUCUGACUACAGAAGGAGAAGUAACAGGAAUAUGUACCAAGAGCUUCUCACAGAGAAGUCAAAAUGGAAAGACCAUUCCUUCAAACAUGAGCAUCACACAUGAGAAGGGAUUUUUUUUUUCUUAUUGUAACUCUGAAGCCUGGGGCUGACAACAUGGGCUCAGAGAACCUCCUGUCUCCUCAACAGCUCUGGCUUAUUUUAAUUGGGUUUUCUCUGCUGUCUUUGGUAGAGACAUAUGGAUUCAGUAAGUGCACGCAGUAUGAAUUGGACAUUCACCAUGUGUUCUGCAUUCGGAAAAAGAUCACCAACUUGACAGAUGCCAUUAGUGACAUACCUGGAUACACCACACACCUCAACUUGACACAGAACCAAAUUCGGGUCCUUCCUUCCCAUAGUUUCACUAGUUUGCCUGCUCUGGUAGACUUGCGACUGGAGUGGAAUUCUAUUUGGAAGAUUGAUGAGAGAGCCUUUUGGGGACUUGAAAACCUAACCCUUUUGAAUUUAGUAGAAAAUAAGAUUCAAAGUGUGAACAACUCCUUUGAGGGCCUGUCCAACUUGGAGACCUUGCUCCUAAGCCACAAUCUAAUUACCUAUAUCCACAAAACUGCCUUUGUCCCUCUUGUCAAAUUGAAACAUUUAAGCCUAUCUCGAAACUUAAUUACCAAUUUUUCCAAUAUUCUUGAAGCAGUCCAGCAUCUUCCCUGCCUGGAAUACCUUGAUCUUACUAACAACAGCAUCAUCUCCUUGAACCACAGUCCCAGGUCAUUGGUGUCCCUGACCCAUCUGAGCCUGCAGGGGAACAAUCUAAGAGAGUUAAAUUUCUCUGCUUUGUCACUGCCAAAUCUGACUACUCUAGAUGUCUCACGGAAUAGCCAUCAAGUCAUCCAGAAUGUGUAUCUGGAAACUCUGCCCCAACUUAGGAGUUUAAAUCUGAGUGGAACACUGGUAAAAUUGGAGAUGCUUCUAGCGAAACACCUGCAGAAUCUGAGGGAAAUGGACCUCAGUAACAGGGAGCUUAGAGGUGGUCACUUAAACUUGGGCACAAUCUGUCACCUCCUCAGAAACUUACCCAUAUUAGAGGUUUUGGUGUUUCAGAAAAAUCCCACUGAUGCAAGGGGCAUAAAGUACCUUGCCAAUUGCACUAGGCUUUUGUCACUUGACCUGAGCCAAAGCAGCAAUCUGGUUCACCUCAAUGACAGUGAGUUUGACAACAUGCCCAGUCUCCAAAGGCUGAAACUAAACAAGUGCCAACUUUCCUUUGUCAGCAACAAGACCUGGAGUUCCCUCCAGAACUUGACGUUCCUAGACCUGAGCCACAAUAAGUUUAAAAGCUUCCCAGAUUUUGCAUUUUCAUCAUUGAGGUGCCUACAAUCUCUCUUUCUCUCUAGAAACCCCAUCACAGAACUCAGUAAUAUGGCCUUUAAUGGGCUAUAUUCAUUGAAAGAGCUCAACUUGGCUGGGUGCUGGAUAGUGACAAUUGACAGAAACUCCUUUGCUCAGUUUCCAAAUUUAGAACUCUUAGACCUUAGAGACAACAAUAUUCGGACUCUAGAGCAUAGAACCUUUCAAUCUCUGAAGAAGCUCCAAGUUCUGAUUCUCUCUCAGAAUCGCCUGAAAGCUAUAGAAAAGAAUGCAUUUUCUGGCCUCACUACUCUACAUAAUCUUGACCUGGCAUUCAAUAGCUUGUUUGGUCUUCAUGCAGGCAUUUUCUUGGGCCUUGAAAAUCUGGAAGUUUUGGAUCUCAGCGUUAACAGAAUUACAUAUGAAUCCGAUAGGACCUUGCUGUUUCCUCCAUUUGUGAACCUCAAAUCUUUGAAACAACUCAACUUAGAAGGACAAAUACAUGGGAUUCAGGUUGUUCCAACCAACUUCUUCCAAGGGCUGAAUAGCUUGCAGGUUCUACUCCUAGGAAAAAAUCCCGCAGUAUUCCUGAGCCACCACCAAUUUGACCACCUGAUCAAUCUGACAAAAUUGGAUAUCUCAGGAACAAAAGCUGGAGACCGAAGUCUUAGUUUAAAUAAUUCCUUAUUUCAAAAACUCAAAAGGCUAAAAAUUCUACGCCUUGAAAAUAACAACUUGGAAUCACUGACUCCUGGCAUGUUCUCUGGCUUAGAAAGUCUUGAGAUCUUGUCUUUAAGAUUCAACAACCUAAAAGUCAUUAAUCAAAGUCAUUUGGAGAAUCUGAAGUCUUUGAAGUUCUUUGAUCUCUAUGGGAACAAACUUGAGUGCAACUGUGACAAUGUAUGGUUCAAGAACUGGUCAAUAAACAUACCAAAUGUCCAUAUCCCCUACCUUCAAAGCUACUCCUGUCAGCAGCCAAAUACCCAGAGUUUGUUUAUAGAUUUUGAUGAUGCUAUGUGUAAUUUUGACCUGGGGAAGGUCUGCUUCUUCUGUUCUUUCAGUCUGGUCCUCACAACCAUGGUCUUCUCUUGGUUCACUGCCAAGAUGACUCCAUCUCUAUGGUAUGGGCUCUACAUAUUUAGAGCCUGGUACCUAGCCAAAUGGCACAGGACAGAGAAGGAGUUCACCUAUGAUGCCUUUGUCUCUUUCACCACUGCUGAUGAGCAAUGGGUAUAUGAACAACUUGUUCCAGCCCUAGAAGAAGGUGGCCAGCCCACCUUUAAGCUCUGUCUUCACCACCGGGACUUUGAACCAGGUAUGGACAUCUUUGAGAACAUCCAGAAUGCCAUAAACACCAGCCGGAAAACUUUGUGUGUGGUCAGUAACCACUAUUUGCACAGUGAAUGGUGUCGGCUUGAAGUACAGCUAGCCAGCAUAAAAAUGUUCUAUGAGCAUGAGGAUGUUAUUAUCUUGAUCUUCUUGGAAGAGAUCCCGAACUAUAAGCUAUCCAGCUACCACCGACUCAGGAAACUUGUGAAUAGGCAGACAUUUAUAACUUGGCCAGACAGCGCCCACGAGAGGCCACUCUUCUGGGCUCGUAUUAGAAAUGCAUUGGGCAACAAAACUGUGGAGAAGGACAAUGCACAGCUAAUCGUGGUUGAGUGACUGGAAGUUUUGUGUCCUCAAAUCCAACAGUAUAAUGUUGCUCAAAAUCUGUGUAGGCUAGUAGUGUGACUAAAUGUACCUGCUGUGCAGGGAGAAGGGCAUGGGUUGCUCACGAUCAUUAAGACCCAGGGCCAUUUGGAUAAUGUCCAUCAGAAACAAGGUCCCACUAUUAAAGAAGUAGACAUCUGGAAGGAACACUUGUUUUAUUAAGAGGAGGGCUUGGAACACCAGUCACCUGAAAGACCAGGAAGGCCCUCAUAUGUGCUUGGGAACAUUGCUCAGCUAGUUUAUCCAAACCAGUUCCUGUCAAGUAGAUUGAACUGUAUCCCUUCUAAGAAUCUGUAACAACAGAAACACCACAUAUAGGGUUCAGUAAAAGUAAAACAAAAAACCAACUAAAACUGUUAGGAUUCUGUUGUACUCUCCUUUAGGGCAUAAGACUCCAGAGGUCAGAUUUUCCUCUAAGUGAGAGGGCAAGAGCUAGAAGAGCCCUAGUUUGGAUAUAGCAAUUUACUUAGUGGAAAGCAGCCUUAAUGAGCUAGCAGAGCAAUGAUGGUCAUAGAAACUAUCAUCCAGCUGGGACAAAGCAGGUUUCAUAGGCAGAGCAGUUUGGGGAGCCAUCUUAAGACAGAGAUGUAGACAGUGGCUAUAUGCUUCAGGCACCAGAUACAAACCUAUUGGAAGCAAUGUUCAGUAUAGGGGCCAUGGCUCUGACAUUAGGCAAAAGUGCUAAAAAUUCUUGUAGGAAGGAAUUUUCUAUGGGAAAUGUGCUACAAAUUCCUCUAGCAAGAGGGACCAUAAGGACCUAGAGAAGACUGGCUUAUAGCGGGAGUAGCAGUGUACUAACACUGCCUUUUUCUGAUUGUCUCUCUAGGAAGGGUUUGUCUUUUGUUGCUGGUGUCCUUCUCCAGUUUUCCCUUUCCUCUAAGGUUAUGGGAGGAUUUUGUUGAGGAAAAGACCCUGAAGAGCAGAAUUUUAUCAGUUGGGGUAACAAGAUGUUUACUUCAAUAGCCUUCUCUGUAACAUAAAUGGUUCCCCUUUAUAAAAAGAGGUGGGCAUGUUUUAUUUAUUUUUUAUUUUAUUAUUUUUUUAUUUCCAAAUCUCAUGCUGAAAUUUGAAUGGUGGGCAUGUUUUAGACAGGACUUAUUUAUGUUGGCAAAAAUAAUCCAAGGGCAUUUGUGUGGGAAAUUUGUGACUCGUUAGCUGGGUGUUUGUAGGUUCAAUAUUACAUUGUAGCAGUAAAUAAUUUGCAGUACAUGGGGCAUGCAAGAAAGAUCAUAUUACUUAAUUUUCUUUAAAUCAAAUGAUAAUCUGAUUUUGAGUCCUUGUUCGGCUAGACUAGUGGAAAAUUCAAUAUCAGUUAUUACUGAGUUCCCCAACUCACCACCUAGCCUCUAGUACUCUUACGUAAAGAAAAACAGUUGGGGCAGUUUCUCCAAUCUUUGGUCCACAUUAAUUACCACUUGUAUGCCCAUUGUCCAAGCUGGAUCCCUGGAGAUUGAGGGCUCUGCUGCUUCUGGGGAAUGAUUAGCACUGAGUUUUGCUGAAAGUGGACACAGCCCUUCCUUCCUGAACUCCUGCCAUGUUGCUGGGGAUGGAGUAUAUCUUGGCUGCCCACCACUCAAGGAAACUGCAGAUCUCUGUUCCUUUCCUUGUCUUGGGUAAUCUUCACCUCUCUGGCUGCUUUAGCCACCCUCUCCCCAGUUGCUCUCUUCUCUCCUCUCCCUACACACCUGGCAUGAUCUCCCCAAUGAACUAAGACAGGAAGAGAGGUUGUAUUCAAACAACCUAAGCCUGCAUGAGAACCCAUUCCUUUUGGAUGAGGGGAGGUAAGUUCUCUUGUCAUGCUUCCUGAUUCUUCCACAGUAGGGAAAACAAAACAUCAACAUCUCUGUAAAUUACCCUGUCAUGAAAUUAAUAAGUGAAAAUGAUUCGAAGACUAAGAUCACUUGGCAACAUGGCCAACAAUGGCAGUCUAAGAUUCCUUGAAACUAAAGUGUGUCAUGUGAGGGACACAUCAGCAUGGAGAGGGUGAUGGUGUGGCCUAGUAGAAAAGUGCACAUAGGUACACAUGUGUCUAGUCUUUCUUGGUAGGAAAGGUGAAAAAUGAAUAUUUUUUUUAAAUUUAUUUUUAUUUCGGCAUAUGAUGGGGGUACAGAUUUUAAGGUUUCAAUAAAAUGAAUAAUUUGAACUAGUGUGGUUUUAGAAAUAAUAAGGUAAUACUGCUGGAAUAGAGACUAAAUUUUAUAUGCAUGUUCUAGGAAACCAGACGAACAGUGUGUUCAUCCAUGUACAUGGGACCAGCUACAUAAAUUGUGGGGCCCAGUGUACAAUGCAAAUGUGGGGGCCACUUGUUCAAAAAUUAUUCAGAAUUUCAGGACAGAGAUGGCAAAGCAUUAAACCAAGCACGGGGACCUUCUGAGUACAGAACUCUCUGUGAGGGUACUGGUCACACAACCAUGAAGAUAGCUCUGCUUGUGAUUAUCACCCAGGGGAAUAUCAGCUUUGCCCAUUGCAAUUUAAAUCUCCAGAUAGGAAACCAGUGGAGAUUUUCCUAAGGAACAUGUCAAUCCAGUAAAGUGAUGAAUAUUUUCUUGAACAAAAUUAUCUCCCCAGCCUCUGAGGUUAUCUAAGGAAAGAAGUAAAAUUGUGGUUGGUAUUAAAAAAGAAAAUACCACCACCCUCACAGAGAAAAUGAUGCUGUUGCCAUUCUUGUUGUUUUAGUCUUGGAAGGGAUUGGGGCUAUAAUUCAAACCCAUUAUACAAGGAGUUUGCAUUAUGUCUUUGUAUGUAUCAAAUAUUUACUUAGCUGGGAUAUAGGGAAAUUCAUUUCAAAGACUAAAUUACUAGAACUCCAGGCCUUUUAAAAUGAAGCCAUUGGGCUUCAUUUCAAAAGAAAAGAUACUUGGAAAUGAUUAUGUAGUUAAUUUCUCUAGCAACCAAUCUGAAGUAACUAGAGAGUUAAAUUGUAACAGAAAAAAAUUUACAUGAGAAGAACAGAAAUUUUCCUGCCAGUAAGGGUAGAAAUAUUAUAUAUUAAGCUUAAUUUAUUAAAAGGAACUGAAAUUUUCUUUCUUGUGAAUACUGAAAAUAAGGGAUAGAAAGCUUUUUGUUAAGAAUUAUUUAUAUGAGGCCCACCUCGAUGAUUUUCAAGCUCAUCUUUCAAACCAGAGUUUCAGUGUCAGUUCUAUGUUUGUGAAAAAGGGGUAAUGUCUCCACUUAUCGAAUAUGUUUCCUUGUAACCACACAUUUGCUCUUAAUAAUAAGAUUUGUGAUUAGCAUUAAAAGGCAGAACCAAAAUGAUUCCUCGUCACUCACAGUGUAGUCUACAGAUGGGCAGCCUCAGCAUCACCCAGGAGCUUGUCAGACAUUCAGAGUCUCAGGCCCACCCCAGACCUACUGAACCAGAAUCUGCCUGUUAAUAAGAUCCCCCGGUGAUUCCUUUGCACAUUAAGUUUGAGAAGCACCAGGUUAAGCAAUGGCCUACAUUGAGGAAGCUCUGAGAAGGUUCUCCUACCUUCAAAUACUAACUCCUUUUAGGGGACACACACAGUGGUCAAAAUCGAAUUGAAUCAUUAAAUGUUCUUUUUAAAAAGUUUCAAUAGAUUUAAGGGUACAAGUGGAUUUUGGUUAGAUGCAGGAAUUGUAUAGUGGUGAUGUCUGGAUUUUCAGUGUACUCAUUACUCAAAUAGUGCACAUUGCAUUGUACCCAACAGAUAAUUUUUCAUGUCUCACCCCACUCCCUCUCCCCCCUUCUGAGUCUCCAAUGUUCAUUAUUCCACUUUGUAUUUGAUUUUCCUUUCUUGAGUUACUUCACUUAGGAUA